AUGCUGCUUCUGGACGGGGCGCUAGGAACUGAACUCGAGAAACGCGGCGUCGACGUCUCAGGCGGCCUGUGGUCCGGCCGCGCCGUGCUAGACUCGCCAGACACCAUCAGGGAGAUCCAUCUUGACUACAUGCGGAGCGGCGCCAACAUCGUGUUGACGGCAACAUACCAGCUCUGCGACGCCAACAUCGAGCAAAACCACCAGGACCCACACACGAUGUACACGCGGGCGGUGGGCCUCUCUGACGGGUCAGAGUACACGGGGAACUACGGCUCGGUGACCGACGCGCAGCUGCGCGCGUUCCACGAAGGCCGGUUCCGUUUUCUCGCCCAAUGCCCCGACGUGGACGUUCUGGCGUUUGAAACCAUCCCGUCGUUCCAGGAAAUCAGGGUUCUGGCAGAGCUGGCCGGCACGCAGGAAAAGCUGUGGUACCUAAGUCUCAGCGUGCGCGAGACGGCCCUCGUCGAUGGCACGCCGCUCGCGCAGGUCGUCAGCUGGCUCGACAGCCACUACGAUCGCAACCUCGCUGCCGUUGGCGUCAACUGCUGCGGUGUAAGGGUGGCUCUGCCAGUGGUGGAAGAGCUCGACCGUCGGCUCUCGGACUCGCAGAACCUGCGAAACGCGCGGAUCGUGCUGUACCCGAACUCCGGCGAGGUGUACGACGGCACAACGAAGACGUGGUCGGGCGAGCAGGGCCACUUUGUCGACGCCGUGAGACAGUGUCUGCAGUACAAGCGCGUGGGCAUUGUGGGCGGGUGCUGUCGCACGGGGCCGGCCGACAUCCGCCAGCUGCGGACGCUCAUUGACGAGUCGCGCUCUCGCUAA